AUGUCGAGUACCGUUGGUAAAACCAUAACUUGCAAGGCUGCUAUCGCUUGGGCUGCCGGCGAACCAUUCUCUAUUGAGGAUGUUGAAGUUGCCCCUCCGAAGGCCCAUGAAGUUCGGAUUAAGAUUAUCCACACGGGUGUUUGUCACACGGACCCCGAGGGAGCCUUCCCUGUUAUCCUGGGCCACGAGGGCUCCGGUAUCGUAGAGUCCGUUGGUGAGGGCGUAACCACGUCAAGUCCGGCGAUCAAUACCCCAGAAUGCGGCGAGUGCAAGUUCUGCAAAUCCGGGAAGACCAACCCGUGCCAAAAGAUCCGUAACACGCAGGGUAAAGGAGUGAUGCCCGACGGAACGUCUCGCUUCAGAGCACGCGGCAAAGAUAUCCUGCACUACAUGGGAACGUCGACCUUCUCUCAGUAUACCGUUGUGGCCGAUAUCUCGGUCGUGGCUGUUACGACGAAAGCACCGACAGAUCGUGCCUGUCUGUUGGGCUGUGGCAUUACUACUGGCUAUGGUGCUGCCACCGUCACCGCCAAUGUAGAGCAGGGAUCUAAUAUCGCCGUGUUUGGCGCUGGGUGUAUUGGUUUGUCGGUGAUUGAGGACGCGGUGAAGAACAAAGCGGGUAAGAUUAUUGUGGUUGAUGUCAAUGAUGAUAAGGAGCAGUGGGCGCGCAAAUUUGGCGCGACGCAUUUUAUAAACCCCACCAAGCUCAAGAACGGGAAGACUAUUCAGGAGGAACUGAUCGAGCUCACUGAUGGAGGAUGUGAUUAUACCUUCGACUGUACUGGAAAUGUGGGUGUGAUGCGUGCUGCUCUUGAAUCCUGCCACAAGGGCUGGGGUGAGAGUAUUAUUAUCGGUGUUGCUGCGGCUGGCCAGGAAAUUUCCACUCGGCCAUUCCAACUAGUGACCGGCCGGGUGUGGAGGGGUUGCGCAUUCGGUGGUAUCAAGGGUCGAUCUCAGCUCCCUGGUCUUGUCGAUGACUACGUCGCCGGCUACCUCAAGGUGGAUGAUUACAUCACUCAUCGGGAGUCACUGGGGACCAUCAAUACUGCUUUCCAGCAUAUGAAGAGUGGUGACUGUAUUCGGUGUGUGUUGGAUAUGAAAGUGUAA